GACCGCUACCAGCGUCUGAAGGACGAAGUGGUUCGGGCUCAGGUUCAGCUGCAGCUCUUCAAGCUGUACCACAAUGAGGCAGAGAUCGAAAAACUGAACAAAGAAUUGGGGCUGAAAAACCGUGAGAUCGACAAAGAUAAGAAAAGGAUGGACAGGGUGGAGGACGAGCUGAAGGACCGUAAGAAGGAGCUGGGCAAGAUGAUGAGAGAGCAGCAGCAGAUCGAGAAGGAGAUCAAGGAGAAGGACGCGGAGCUGAACCAGAAGCGGCCGCAGUACAUCAAGGCGAAGGAGAACACGGCCCAUAAGAUCAAGAAGGUGGAGGCGGCCCGCAAGGCGCUGCAGAACGCGCAGAAGCAGUACAAGAAGCGCAAGGCGGACAUGGAUGAGCUGGAGAAGGAGAUGGGAGCCGUGGAAAAAGCGCGCCAGGAGUUCGAGGAACGCAUGGAGGAGGAGAGCCAGAGCCAGGGCAGGGAUCUCACCUUGGAGGAGAACCAGGUGGGACCGAAAAACGGGGCUUUUUCCCACCAAAAAGCGGCUUUUCCGACGCCGAAAUGUGACUUUUCGGGUGCAAAAUGGCACUUUUUCACCCCAAAUCGCCUUUUUUUGACCCAAAUCGACACUUUUUCACCCCUAAAUCGCCUUUUUUUGCCCCAAAUCGACACUUUUUCGACCCAAAUCGCCUUUCUUUGCCCCAAAUCGACACUUUUUCACCCCUAAAUCACCCUUUUUUGC